CUACUAAAAUUAACCAUCACCGGGUCGCAUAAUUUUUUUUCCCUUUUUUUUUCGGUGGAAAGAAACUUCUGGGGUUUUCUUGUUCUUGGUGAGGGACAGAAUCUAUCACGAGCAAGUUUAUACGGAUGAGUGGCGGCGGCGGCGAUGGAGGAAGUGGAGGACGAGAAGGCGAUUGGGACUGCAGCGGUUGUGGCAACCGCAAUUACGCUUUCAGAUGCUUCUGCAACAGAUGCAAGCAGCCGAGGCUCCUGGUUGACAAUAAAACCCCAGCCGAUUCCAAAUGGCUCCCCCGCAUCGGUGAUUGGAUCUGCACCGUUGGCGUGCAUUUCUUGGAAUAUUUCCACUUCCUGGCUGCAUUCUGGGUGCGUGUGUAUGGCAAUGGAUCGAUAGGUUGCACUAACAACAAUUAUGCAUCAAGAGAAAAGUGCAAAAAAUGCGGGCAACCAAAGGAGAUAGCAGCGAUGCCAGCUAUGGCAAUCCCUGGAGCUUCUGUCCCAACUUAUCCAAAUUAUUUUGCCAGGGCACAAGGAGGACUCGAUCAAAGGAUAAACAACGGAUUGUUGGGGAAUGGAUCUCUCCAGCAGUCACUGCCUUUGAGCUCUAACUGGCCUUUUGCUGGGGCUGAUAAAUUUGGUCUUCAACCAGCUGCUACUUGGCCAGUGAAUGGGAUGAAUACUUCUGGUGUUCUGCAUGCUAGCCAAGCUAAUCAACUAGUUUCUGCUCCAAAAAGCUGGCGCAGUGGUGACUGGAUCUGCAGCUGUGGCUUUCACAACUAUUCUUCUCGUGCACAGUGCAAAAAAUGCAACACUCCAAUGCCAGAAGCUGCACGUUCUUCUUUUGUCAGUACGGCAAUUACAGCUCAUGGAACAAAAAGAGUAGCUUCUGAAGAACUUGUUCACGAAUGGGAUAGCAAGAGACUGAACGCUGGACAGCCUGCAUAUUCAGGACCUGAAUCUGUUGUCGGUCCUAGUGGCAGUCAACCAUCUCUCAUUUACUCGACCUUUCCAAGUGCAAGUUCAGCUUUGGGUCCAAAUUUGCAAUUUAAUCUGCAGGUACCGCAUGUACCAGCAGCUCCUACUCUUCUUGGCAAAGGGGCAAAACAAUGGCGUGAUGGGGAUUGGAUGUGCAAUAAUUGCAACAAUCACAACUACGCAUCUCGAUCAGAAUGUAACAGGUGCAAGAAGCAGAGAGAGGUGCUUCUUCAGCAAGUUGGUGUUGCGUAGCCUACAGCAUUGAAGGGAUUUUAAGUUUGCUCCAAUUGUGUAACAGCUACUGUUGAUUAUUGGACACAUGGAUUCGAUGCGGUGAUCAUUCGAUCAUCCUGCCUAGAUUUGGUUUGAUUUACUGCACAGUGCGGGUACAAAUUGAGUUUAUUAUGAAAGGUUGUGUUCCAGUGUGAAG